AUGUCGACGGCGUCGAGAAAGUCUUACCUCAAUCGUCGCAUAGACAGUGCUCAGAGCGUCCACGGCAGCAGGAGUCGCGCCGGUUCGAGCGCGCGAGCCUUGGCUGUCAGCCACGACGAUGCCUACACCUACGCUCUCCGGGUCGCCUACCUCCACUAUCUCCUCCAGCCCAAAGCCAAACGAAAACAAUGGGUGCCCGCGCCGAAACCCCUACCCCGAUCGCAUACGUCCAAUAUAUCGGAUCUAGUCAAGGAGUUUGUGCCUGGUAAUUCCACUAGUGUCAAGCUGCCAAAUGGCUUCCGGGGUCCUUUGGAGAAGAGGAUGGAGCGUGUGAUUAUGGGCCUCGAAAAGCUGCCGGGCUUCAACGAUGCUGCCGUAAAGAAGACCUUCGCGCAGGCCUACAAUGCAUUCACGGAUCAAGGCUUCCGGAAGAGCAUUGACAAGGAGCGAAAGGUCGAGCCGCUAGUCCUGAUAUUCUUUUCGGCCGCCACCAAGGCCUGCAUGCUCGGCCACGAGCGAAGCGAUGACUCCUGGAAACUGCUCGUCGACAGGCACGUCGCCCUCUUCGUGAGACUGAUUACCAACAUUCUACGAGACCAAGGGAACGACCGAGAUAAGCCAGAGCUCAUGAGCAGACUGAGCACGCUCGAGAACAAGCUCCUUACGAACGACCAGAAUCUCUUCGUCGAUACUGGCCAAGACUCCGGCAAGUCGAUAGAGGUCGUAGUACCCCUUAGUUAUGACGUGAAGGACAUGCCCAUGGUGCAGGCCGUUGCCAGGGUCUUCGGUCUCGCACACUCCGAUGUGCAAACCCAUAUAGACGCCCAGCGGCCGAAUUGGACCGAGGAGGCUGCGCUGAAGGACCUCAAAUCCUACCAGCAUCGGAUGAACGCCAAUAUGGGUGGCGCUCUUCAAAGUCAAGAUUUCGAUAUUGAAGAGGCCUAUCAAGAGUGGAAAAAGGCCGAAGCACCUUUUCUUUCGCAGAUGAUGAUGGAGAUUCUGGUAGCUAAGCCAGAGCUGGCCAAGAAGUCUACCGGUGUCAGUGCGGCGGCCGAGAAACCUCUGCCCUCAAGCCCUUCUGCUGCUUAUGCUGAAGACCAGGCGUAUUCAGACCUGGGAAGGGUACUGUCCAAUCCGAACAGGACAUCCAUAUAUGGCCUUGACCACACACUCAGCCUGGGUUCUAUGUCGCUUGACGAUAUAGGCAGCAUUAGAUCCGUUGAGGAGGCGCACUAUACUUUUAUUCCUCCCGAUCCCCGUGAGUUCCUGAAGGUCAUCGCAAAUUAUGCGUUGGAGUUUGAUGCCAUGCACGAAAAUGGCGACGACGAAGCGGGACCUUUCUCGAAACAAUCAUUGGAUCUUCUGACGGAACUCUGCGUUCGCUGGCGAAUUCCCCAGUUCACCCGUCUAGUUGUAUUCAUAGAGGUAGCCGCUCGCAGGUUUACCGAUACCUUGUUCACUGUCAUAGACUUGGAUACUGCGUUCGACUUAGUCAAGAGCUCGCCCCCGGAGAAGGAGCUCAAAAAGCCACCGCCCAUCUAUCUCUACGCGGAGAGCCUCGCAACUAUCGAAAGGAGCAGAUGGACGAUUUCGGACUAUGCCGUAUGGCAGCAGACAAUCCACACCCUAAAUGAUGCUCUUCUGCGCGAACUCUACGACAUCCUCAUGCAUUGCUAUGAACCGAAACCGCCUUCGGCCGGGCCGCCGGUGCAUGUGCUACAAAAUCACAUAUUCAACGACCCAAGUUUCUCCCGAAAGGAGGAAGAUGCUUUGGACUACACCAAACUACUUCACGCCGGAAUGGAAGAGCAAGCCGCCAACGUCUAUCGUGGGUUCCUCGAUAAAGAAAUUCCACAGAGUCAACAAGACUGGGAUUUCAGCCACGUAAAAAAGCUCGGAAACUCGGUGGUCAAACUUUGCGAGAAGAUCCAGAAACGGUACAGAAACAACCCUGAGAUUAUGGGUGUCAACCCCUUGACUGUCUUGGCGGAGACGAUAUUUCCCAGUUUCGAAGACGACGCUCAUGACCUAGUCAAGAGGAUCGUACAAGUCGCCCAGGACCGGGACGAGGAGCUGCCUCUUCAGGAUGGGUUUGAUUUGUACAAGGACCUGGUCGAGAUCCGUCGUAUUCACCGGACAUCACUCCCGAACAACCCCUUCACUUUCGAUGUUGAGGAGCUACUCAUUGGCUUUGUUUGGCGUUGGAUUCACAACGCUGAAGAGAGAGCUGAGGAGUUUGUAGAGCAAGCGAUCAAGCAAGACCAGUUCCAAGUACGCAGCCAAGGACCUGGCCAUAUUUCUCUCGAUGCGGAACGUCACAGCCAUUCCAUUAUCGACAUGUUUCAGUUGUUCCACCAGACUUCAGACCAGGUUUUCCAGCUUGAAUGGGAUAACGAUGUCCAUCAUGCUCGAUUCAUGACGGCACUGUCCAAGAUAUUUGCCAAUAGCAUCGCUCGAUACUGCGAGCUUGUGGAUCAGCGGUUCAUGAAAGAGAUGGACACGCCAAGGGCGAACGAAAAGGAGGCGGCAGCCGUGGCCCAAACGACGCAAGGAAGAUUUAUGCAGUACGCCAAGGAUGCUCUGAACACCAAGGAAAAGAUUGAACCGUUUCAGUUCUACCCAGAGUCCCUAGUCAAGCUCAACAAUAUCGAAUGGGCCAUGCAAGAAUUGGACAAGCUAGAGAGGUCCAUGAAUGUCGAUGCAUGCGCCGCGAUGCUAGAGAAGGUGGACGGGCCAAGAAAACAGGUCAGACGUCCGGCGAAGUACGUCUUUACCAUCAAGAUCGUUGAGGCCGAGGAGAUCAAGGCAUGCGACCCGAACGGGACCAGUGACCCUUAUGUUGUGCUUGUGGACGAAUACCAAAAGCGCCUGCACAAGACGCGAAUUGUUAUGAGAACGCUGAGUCCUCGAUGGGAUGAGUCCGUAGACGUCACCGUGUCUGGAGCUCUGAACGUUGUCGCCACAAUCUGGGAUUACGAUACCUUUGGCGACCACGAUUUCGUUGGUCGGACCUCGCUGAAGUUGGAUCCGAUUCAUUUCAGCGACUAUUUGCCGAGGGAGUUCUGGCUUGACCUUGAUACACAAGGCAGGAUCUUGAUGCGAGUGAGUAUGGAAGGGGAGCGUGAUGACAUACAAUUCUAUUUUGGCAAGGCUUUCCGGCAUCUGAAGAGGACGGAGCGUGACAUGGUCCGCAAGAUCACCGACAAGCUUUCGAGACACAUUAACGCAUCUUUGUCACACGAUGCCUUGCGUGCUCUGCUUGGACGAAAUCUCACGUCGCAAGUCAACUCGUUCUUCAAACGGGCAUCAACGCUUCCAAUGAUCACUGAUGAGGAAGUUGAGAACGCGCUGCAAUCUCUCUUCUCCUACUUCGAUGAGAACUUUUCUACGAUGAAACAUACCCUAACAGAUGCCACAAUGGUCGCAGUCAUGACGCGAUUGUGGAAAGAGGUGUUGAUGGCAAUCGAAGCCCUUGUCGUACCUCCUCUAUCAGAGAAGCCGUCUAGUCAGCGUCCACUCAACCAGCGCGAGCUCGACGUGGUUUACAAGUGGCUGAAGCUGCUCUAUGGCUUCUUCAAUGCACAAGACGAGGAUGGUGAAGUUUUGGGCGUCCCCGCCGAAGUCCUCAAAUCGCCUAAGUAUCACGAGCUCAACACACUCAACUUCUUUUACUUCGACAGCACCGAUAAUCUAAUCCGCACGUCGGAGCGUAUGGCGGCCGCCACCGCCCAGCGCCAGCAGCAGCAGCUCCAGAGCCAGAUGACCUCCAACCGGCUCUCGGCGCCACCCAGUCUCGGGCCGUCGUACAGCGCGGGCCCGGCAUUCGCGAGCAUGGGCACGAUCCGCCGCGGCAAGAGCAUCAUGAUGAGCCGCAACCUCGGCACGAUGCGGCGCGCCAAGGAGGAGAAGCGCAAGGAGGCGCAGGCUGACCCGUCGGACGACAUGAUCCUCCGCAUCCUGCGCAUGCGGCCCGAGGCCGCCGGCUACCUCAAGGAGAGGCACCGCCAGAAGGAGCGCAUGCAAGCCGCUGCCACCGCUGCGAUGAUAGUGAAGCAGAGCGUCAGCCAGGGUUGGAACUCCGGGGGUGGAGGUUUUGGGCGGGGUGGUGUGCCGCGACGUUAA